AUUUAUUAUCACUAAUUCAACACACCCCUUCUAAACAAUUAUUUUUUUCAUAUCUACUUUGCUGCAGAAAUUUUUAAUUUUUCCAAUAAAUCAUAUAACAAAGUCCAAUAAUGGACUUACAGCAAUUAGAGGAAGAGGCACGCCAAGCAGCCUUAAAGGAUAUAAAAAAUAUGCUGCAACGUCCAGGUCAACUAGAAAAAGUAGAUCAAUUUCUUCAUCGCGUUGCACGAAAAAAGGCUUCAGUGGAGGCUCUACUAAAAACUGGUAUGCAAAAUCAACUGGAUGGAGUAAGAGUAGGACUAAAACAAUUAGAAACGUGUUUGCAAGACGUCAAAGAAGUUCGGCAACGUAUGCAAGAAGUUGAUCGAUUGUUGGAAGGAGUACCAGAUAUAUAUGAUGCAUUGGAAGUUGUACGCGAAGAAAAUACGAAACAUUCGCAGUAUGCUACGGCCAUGGAAAACCUUAAGCAUAUAUUUAAUGUCGAAGCAAGUGUUUCAAAAACGAUGACACUCAUUGAUGAGGAUAAACUAUUAAAUGCGCACCAGUGUCUAGCCGAUUUGGAAAAUUCCCGGGAUGAUUUGCUAUACGAAUUGCAUAAACAACCUAAACAACAUGCUUCGGACAAAAUAACACUAAAACGACAUUUUGAGACGGUGGACACAGUGUCCCAGGCGCUUGAAAAGAAAUUACGUCUCAUACUAAGUCGAACAUUGAAUACUGUUCGUAAAGAGCCAACUGUCAUAGUGACUGCAUUACGAAUAAUUGAACGCGAGGAAAAGAAUGAUCAAUUCGCUUUGCAGCAACAAAAAGUCACUGGUUUCUUACCUCCGGGCAGACCGAAAAAAUGGCGCUCCAUGGCACUUAAGAUAUUGCAGGAAGCCGUUGUUACACGUAUAGAAGGUUCAAAAUUGGAGGAACGUGCUGAUAAUAAAAUGUGGUUAGUACGAGAUCUUGAAAUUUUACGACAAAUAAUUCUGGAGGAUUUAAGAGUUGUCAAAUCAUUAUGUGUGCCCUGUUUUCCCCCACAUUACAAUAUCUUCAACGAAUAUGUGAAAAUGUACCACGAAGGAUUGUCCUCUUACCUCGAUAAUAUUGCCAAAUCUGGACUCGAAGGUAAUGAAUAUGUAUCAAUGCUCUCAUGGGUAAUGAAUACGUAUCCUGGUGUGGAACUGAUGUCACAUCCUGACCUUAGAGUUGAUAUACAACAAGUAGUUGGACCUUUAUUGCGCCCAGAACAUCUCAAAUCUCUUGAAGACGAGUACUUGCGCAAUAUGCAAAGAAACUAUCAAGAAUGGAUGACAAAAACGGCAGAAACUGAAAAACAAGAAUGGUUCUCUGAUCAACCGCCUGAACAAGAGCAAUACUAUCAUACAUCAGCGCCAGUUAUCAUCUUUCAAAUGAUCGAUCAACAUUUACAAGUGACGAACACAAUACACUCUGAAUUAACAUUUAAGGCUUUGGUGAUGAGUAUUCAACAAGUGGAGGUAUUCGGGCAAUCGUAUUUAAAAAAUGUUAUUGAAUUGAAGGAACAUCAUUUUCGUAAUCGUGAUCAAAUCAAGUAUUUCACACACUAUAUAAUAACUAUUGUUAAUAAUAGCCAACAGAUGGUUGAAUUGGCUCAACAAAUGAAGCAGUUGUAUUGGCCCAAAUCCCGAACCGAACAUUAUGAAGAUUUUGAGAAACUACUAACUACAUUCCAGCGUAUUAGAGCACAUGCCACCAAUUAUUUACUCGAAGAAGCUUUCCUCGAUAUGGAAUGUCACUUUAAUGAUUUGUUCACAUUAAAAUGGCUGGGGUCCACUAUUUCUGUGGAUACCAUAUGUGUUACUCUAUUAGACUAUUUCCAGGAUUAUAAGCACCUGCGUCCUAAUAACUUUGAAAUGGUAAUUAAUGAAGCUCAAAAACUACUUGCAAAACGUUAUAUACGUGCUUUACUAUCUAAACGUUUAUCAAAAACAAAAAGCGAGUGUGAAGCAAUCACUACAAAAAUUAAGCAGGAGUCAAAACGUUUUAAGCAAUGUUUCGAGAAAAUAGCACCCAAUUUAGCGAUGAGUGAUAGCCCACUUGAUUUAAUUACAACGCUCUCAGAAUUAUUGUCUAGUGACAUUGAAUUACUUGUGUUAGAUCUUCAUACACUUCUGGGAAAUUAUCCUUCCUUAAGUGAAGAUCAUAUUGUGCGGUUGUUCUAUUUGCGUAACGAUGUAAAGGCCAGUGAAGUCCGUGAAAAGGUACAAGAUGCUGCAAAAUCGAAGAAGGCGAUGGUGAGCGUAGCGAAACAAGAUUGCAUAUUCAAGGAGAUUGUUUUCAACGAUAAAUUGUGGUAAAAAAUAUACAUAAACAGAUAUAUUUUAUUUAAUAUAGAAAUAUGCAUAUGUAAUAUGCAAGUACGUAGAUAAUAAAAUUAUAAUAAAGUAUUAAAUUUAACAUUAAAA